AUGGCAACAUCCAACAAGUCCACUGCUUCCCCUGCGCUCCUGUUCCUAGCUGUGGCACUCGCGUUAACGGCUUCGGUGCGCGCCAACGGACGCUCAGACCAAACGUUCACCGACUCCUGCCCCAACACCUGCGCCGAAACGUUCACCGACUCCUGCCCCGACCCCUACUCCUACUCUUGCCCCAACACCUGCACCAACACCUGCGCCGAAACGUUCACCAACUCCUGCCCCGAUUCCUACGCCGACACCUACUCCAACGCCUGUGCCCACACCCGCACCGACCCCUGUGCCAACUCCCGCCCCAACCCCCACAUCGACCCCUGCUCCAACUCCAGCGCCGACACCCGCACCGACCCCUACACUGACUCCUGCUCCGACGCCUCCAGAGCCGACACCCGCACCGACCCCUACACCGACUCUUGCUCCGACGCCCACGCCGACCCCUGCACCGACGCCCACACCGACCCCUGCACCGACCCCUGCACCGACGCCCACACCGACCCCUACACCGACUCCUGCUCCGACGCCCGCGCCGACCCCUGCACCGACUCUUGCUCCGACGCCCACACCUACCCCUGCCCCGGCACCAUCCCAAAACCCGUGCCCUUCCGGCUUCAAUAA